GGUACCGUGCUCCGCGCUCCCCGCCCGACCCGGCCCAGCCCGCUGCGGCGGCGCCUCCUUCCUUCCUCCUUCCCUCGCGCUCUCUCUUUCGCCCGCCCGCGCCUUCCCUGCCCGCCUGCGUCACCGCGGCCGCCAUGGCUGAGAAUGGCGAGAGCAGCGGCCCCCCGCGCCCCUCCCGCGGCCCUGCUGCGGCCCAAGGCUCGGCUGCUGCCCCGGCUGAGCCUAAAAUCAUCAAAGUCACGGUGAAGACUCCCAAAGAGAAAGAGGAGUUCGCGGUGCCCGAGAACAGCUCGGUUCAGCAGUUUAAGGAAGCGAUUUCGAAACGCUUCAAAUCCCAAACCGAUCAGCUAGUGCUGAUUUUUGCCGGAAAAAUCUUAAAAGAUCAAGAUACCUUGAUCCAGCAUGGCAUCCAUGAUGGGCUGACUGUUCACCUUGUCAUCAAAAGCCAGAACCGACCUCAGGGCCAGUCCACGCAGCCUAGCAAUGCCGCGGGAACUAACACUACCUCGGCGUCGACUCCCAGGAGUAACUCCACACCUAUUUCCACAAAUAGCAACCCGUUUGGGUUGGGGAGCCUGGGAGGACUUGCAGGCCUUAGCAGCCUGGGCUUGAGCUCGACCAACUUCUCUGAGCUCCAGAGCCAGAUGCAGCAGCAGCUUAUGGCCAGCCCUGAGAUGAUGAUCCAAAUAAUGGAAAAUCCCUUUGUUCAGAGCAUGCUUUCGAAUCCCGAUCUGAUGAGGCAGCUCAUUAUGGCUAAUCCACAGAUGCAGCAAUUGAUUCAGAGAAACCCAGAAAUCAGUCACCUGCUCAACAACCCAGACAUAAUGAGGCAGACACUCGAAAUUGCCAGGAAUCCAGCCAUGAUGCAAGAGAUGAUGAGAAAUCAAGACCUGGCUCUUAGCAAUCUAGAAAGCAUCCCAGGUGGCUAUAAUGCUUUACGGCGCAUGUACACUGACAUUCAAGAGCCGAUGCUGAAUGCCGCACAAGAGCAGUUUGGGGGUAAUCCAUUUGCCUCCGUGGGGAGUAGUUCCUCCUCUGGGGAAGGUACGCAGCCUUCCCGCACAGAAAAUCGGGAUCCACUACCCAAUCCAUGGGCACCACCGCCAGCUACCCAGAGUUCUGCAACUACCAGCACGACCACAAGCACUGGUAGUGGGUCUGGCAAUAGUUCCAGCAAUGCUACUGGGAACACCGUUGCUGCCGCUAAUUAUGUCGCCAGCAUCUUUAGUACCCCAGGCAUGCAGAGCCUGCUGCAACAGAUAACUGAAAACCCCCAGCUGAUUCAGAAUAUGCUGUCGGCGCCCUACAUGAGAAGCAUGAUGCAGUCGCUGAGCCAGAAUCCAGAUUUGGCUGCACAGAUGAUGCUGAAUAGCCCGCUGUUUACUGCAAAUCCUCAGCUGCAGGAGCAGAUGCGGCCACAGCUCCCAGCCUUCCUGCAGCAGAUGCAGAAUCCAGACACACUAUCAGCCAUGUCAAACCCAAGAGCAAUGCAGGCUUUAAUGCAGAUCCAGCAGGGGCUACAGACAUUAGCCACUGAAGCACCUGGCCUGAUUCCGAGCUUCACUCCAGGUGUGGGGGUGGGGGUGCUGGGAACCGCUAUAGGCCCUGUAGGCCCAGUCACCCCCAUAGGCCCCAUAGGCCCUAUAGUCCCUUUUACCCCCAUAGGCCCCAUUGGGCCCAUAGGACCCACUGGCCCUGCAGGCCCCCCUGGCUCCACCGGCUCUGGUGGCCCCACGGGGCCUACUGUGUCCAGCGCUGCACCUAGUGAAACCACGAGUCCUACAUCAGAAUCUGGACCCAACCAGCAGUUCAUUCAGCAAAUGGUGCAGGCCCUGGCUGGAGCAAAUGCUCCACAGCUGCCGAAUCCAGAAGUCAGAUUUCAGCAACAACUGGAACAGCUCAACGCAAUGGGGUUCUUAAACCGUGAAGCAAACUUGCAGGCCCUAAUAGCAACAGGAGGCGACAUCAAUGCAGCCAUUGAAAGGCUGCUGGGCUCCCAGCCAUCGUAAUCACAUUUCUGUACCUGGAAAAAAAAUGUAUCUUAUUUUUGAUAAUGGCUCUUAAAUCUUUAAACACACACACAAAAUCGUUCUUUACUUUCAUUUUGAUUCUUUUAAAUCUGUCUAGUUGUAAGUCUAAUAUGAUGCAUUUUAAGAUGGAGUCCCUCCCUCCUACUUCCCUCACUCCCUUUCUCCUUUGCUUAUUUUUCCUACCUUCCCUUCCUCUUGUCUCCCCACUCCCUCCCUCUUUGUUUCCUUCCUUCCUUAUUUCCUUUAGUUUCCUUCCUUAGCCGUUUUGAAUGGUGGGAAUCAAUGCUGUUUCACUCAAAAGUGUUGCAUGCAAACACUUCUCUUUAUUCUGCAUUUAUUGUGAUUUUUGGAAACAGGUAUCAACCUUCACAGUUGGGUGAACAAGUGUUGUCCUACAGAUGUCCAAUUUAUUUGCAUUUUUAAACAUUAGCCUAUGAUAGUAAUUUAAUGUAGAAUGAAGAUAUUAAAAACAGAAGCAAAUUAUUUGAAGCUCUCUAAUUUGUGGUACGAUAUUGCUUAUUGUGACUUUGGCAUGUAUUUUUGCUAGCAAAAUGCUGUAAGAUUUAUACCAUUGAUCUUUUUUGCUAUAUUUGUAUACAGUACAGUAAGCACAAUUGGCACUGUACAUCUAAAAAUAUUACAGUAGAAUCUGAGUGUAAUAUGUGUAACCAAAAUGAGAAAGAAUACAAGCAAUGUUUCUGGAGCUAGUUAUGUCUCACAAUUUUGUAGAAUCUUACAGCAUCUUUGAUAAACUUCUCAGUGAAAAUGUUGGCUAGGCAAGUUCAGUUAAAAUAUAGUAGAAAUGUUUAUCCUGGUAUCUCUAAGUAUACAUUUAAUUGUACAGAAAAUUUACAGUGUAACAUUGUGUCAACAUUUGCAGAUUGACUGUAUAUGACCUUAAUCUUUGUGCAGCCUGAAGGAUCAGUGUAGUAAUGCCAGGAAAGUGCUUUUUACCUAAGACUUCCUUCUCAGCUUCUCCCAUAAAGAGACCCUAAUAUGCAUUUUGAUUUGUAAUUGGAAAUGUAACUUUCACUGAAAGUGUCAUGUGAUGUUUGCAUUACUUUUAACUGCUAUGUAUAAAGGAAAGUGUGUCUUUUGACUUCAUCAGUUAUUUCUCUUGUGCACAGAGAAAAAUGCAUUAAAAAUGACUAAAAAAAAUAAAAAAUUAAAAAAUGGAUAAA